AUGCUUGUGAGUUCACAUAGGCCACCCACCAAACAAUUGGUGGGUGUGCUGGAGCCGUCUUCCUCUGCAUGGAACACUCCAAUCCUCCCAGUUGAAAAAUCAGGCACGGGCAAGUAUCGCAUGGCACAUGACCUUAGGGCAAUAAACGCUGUCCUUAAGACACCAACAGUACCUGUACCCAAUCCCUACACAGCUUUGACUAAUUUAUCUCCGGACCAGCGGUGGUUCACAUGCAUAGAUUUGGCAAAUGCUUUCUUUUGUCUCCCUCUGCAUCCAUCUUUGAGAGAUAUUUUUUCAUUUACCUACAGGGGCCAGCAGCUGCGUUACACUCGGUUGCCUCAGGGUUUUGCCCUUUCACCGGGGAUUUUCAAUCAGGUACUUAAAAAUGCUCUUUCUCCAUGUGUAUUGCCUGAAGGAUGCACACUGAUCCAGUAUGUGGACGACUUGCUGAUUGCUGCUACAACAGCUGAUGCGUGCUUUCAAGCAACAAUGACUGUGCUUCGUCAGCUGGCCAAAACAGGUUUUAAAGUAAGUAGAGACAAACUUCAACUUGUCAGAACUGAAGUUACAUUUUUAGGUCGUGUGGUGGCGAUGCAGUCGGUGGGCAUGUUGACAUCCCAGCGGGAAACAAUUAUGUCCCACCCCCAGCCACGGACUGUUAAAGAAAUGUUGUCAUUUCUUGGACUUACAGGUUACAGUAGACACUACAUUCCUGACUAUGUGGGCAAAACCAAACCUUUGAGGGAUUUGGUGAAAGAACAUGGCAUGAGGGAUCUCACAGCCAAUCUUAACUGGACCACUGAAGCUGAAAUGCGCUUCAUUGAACUGAAACAGGCCCUGUCUCGUGCUGCAGUUUUAGCAAUCCCCGAUUAUAACUCUGAUUUCUUUGUUGAUGUUUCAGAAACAAAUGGAGUGGUGAAUGGAGUUUUGUUUCAGAUAAAAGGGGGAAGGAGACGUGUGCUGAUGUAUAUCAGCAUUGGCCUGGAUAACAUGGAAAAGCGACACCCCACGUGCACACAGCAUGCGGCGGGGGUAGCAAAAAUAAUUCAGAAAGUGGCACAUGUUGUGAAAGGGCACCCACUGAAAGUGUUAACCACACACAGUGUGGUGGCCUAUGUGAACUCACAAGCAUUCACAAUGACCCCACUGAGACAACAGAGACUGACUAAGAUUCUGGAGUCUCCAAAUUUGACCUUCACACAUGAAGGGAUCAACAUGGCAGACCAGAUGGGAGGGGGGACACCUCAUGACUGUGCACAAAUAGUAGAGGUUGAGGAGAAAGUGAGGUCAGAUUUGAGAACAGAACCGGUGAAUGAAGCAGAAGAUUAUUUCACAGACGGUUGUUGUUUUAGGGAUCCGAGUGAAGGAUUGAAAACAGGUUAUGCAGUGGUGAAAGGGGUCGGAAACCAGCUGCGUGUGGAGAAAUCAGGAACACUAGAAGGACCUCAAUCAGCACAGAGAGCAGAGCUUAUUGCAGUGAUAGAAGCUCUAAGAUUAGGAAAAGGAAAAAGAGUUAACAUUUAUACAGACUCAGCAUAUGUGUUCGGAGCAGCACAUGUGGAACUGGGGCAAUGGAAGAGGGCUGGAUUUAGAACAGCCUCAAACAAACCAAUCAAACAUGAGGAGGAGAUGAGACAGCUGGAGGACGCUCUGAAAGAACCUCUGGAGGUGGCCAUCAUAAAGUGUAAAGGGCAUGAUGAUUCCAACACUGGGGUGGCAAAAGGAAACAGAGCAGCUGAUGAAGAAGCAAAACGGGUGGCAGGCUAUCAGGAAGGAAAACAAAUGGUAAGUAUGGGUAUGGAAUGGGGAAACCUGCCAGCCCAACAACGCGAGGACAUAGAAAAGGCACAAAAAGGAGCCUCACCUGAGGAAAAGGCGGUGUGGCGAGAGAGAGGGGCCGUACAAUCAGAAGGAUUGUGGAGAGGACCCGACGGGCGGCCAGUACUCACAGCAGAAAUGGCUCAGGAGAAGAUUAAAGAAGCUCAUGGGCUAGGACAUGUAGGAGUAGACCAAAUGCAGAGGGACUUUUGUCAUUGGUGGCAUCCCUACAUGAAAAAUAUGGUGAGGGAACACGUGAGAACAUGCCUGAUCUGUGGACAAUAUAAUCCAAAGCCCACUGUGAAACCAGAAAUGGGUAAGUUUCCUUUGCCAGAAAGACCAGGCCAGGAAAUUGUGAUUGAUUACACUGAUAUGAUAACUAUAGUCCGAGGGUUUAGAUAUCUGUUGGUGUGUGUGGAUGCUUUGACCGGCUGGCCAGAGGCGUGGCCAACACGCAGAGAAGACAGUAAAACGGUGAUCAAAUGUCUGGUGAAUUAUUAUGUCCCCUGGCAUGGAUUUCCAGAGAAGGUAAGAUCUGACAAUGGCACUCACUUUAAAAAUCGAGAUCUCGCUGAGGUAGAAUGUAUGUUGGGGUUGCAACAUAGAUAUGGCACAGUGUACCACCCACAAUCCCAGGGAAAAGUGGAGAGAAUGAAUAAAAAUCUUAAAAAUAAAGUGGCAAAAAUAUGUGCACAGACAAACAUGAAUUGGGUUGAUGCUCUUCCCAUAGCACUAAUGAGUGUGCGGUGCUCCGUUAAUCAGAGCACCGGGUUUACUCCAUAUGAGCUGCUAACAGGGAGACAGUUUCCCGGCCCUGCAGCAGGUGUAAGAGAGUUAAGAGAGGAGGCAAAUGUGUCUGAACAUGUGAAGCAGUUUAAAGCACUAAAAGCUCUUGUCUCUAGUUUCACUACGCAGGUGGGAGACCCGACCGGGAAGGAGGUGACCACGCCGGAGGUGAAGUGGGUGUGGCUGAAGGUCUAUAAGCGGAAGUGGGACGAGCCGAGGUGGACGGGACCUUUCGAGGUGACCACUCGAACCUCUCAUGCGGUCCAGCUGAGAGGCAAAGGCGACACGUGGUAUCACUGGAGCCAGUGUGCGGCGGCAGAGGAGCCUAGGCGGUCGGAGAGGCUCUUGGGAAGAAAGGGGGACACAUCCGUGACCCCAAAACACACAGAUCUUAGUAAAAAAGGGGCAGAAUAA